CAGGAUCUCCUUGCUGGCACUCCGGACGAGCCAGCAUGUCUGAAAGCACCUUCCCUCUGUCAGAGUCCUGUUGUCAUGGGACACUCCGCAUUAUGACAGGGACUCUGGGCUUCUGAGCACAGAACUCUUGCAGCCUGGCCGGCUUGGGCAAAGGCUUUGGAACCACCACCUCCAACUGUACCCAUGGCUGACAAGAGUGCCUGCAGGACUUUGAGUUCCUCCAUCCACAGCGAGGAUCUUUUGAGCGACAUGGAGCUGCUGCCACCCUCGGCUCCUGCCUCCCCAGGGCAAAAGGUCCCUUCCUCUCAGGCAGGCACCCCCUAUACCUCCCAGGUGACUGCGCAACUCUAUGCCUCACUGCACCAGAGCCGGCAGGCUGAGGCUCAGGCCCGCUCCCAUCUGGAGAACCAGCACAGCUUGGGCCUCUCCAGGGAAGCGGAGGCCCCCGAAGUAGAUCUGGACACUCUGGCGGAGGAGCUCAGCCACCGACUCUCGACUAGCGUGGAGGCCAGCACCUACAGGAAGGGACCUGCCGUCGAGUCCCGCCACAUCUCUGAGAUGGAGAACGUGCGCUGCCAUCUGCAAGGCAUGCUCCGUGGGUCCAGGGAUGCUGCUCAUGGGGAUGCUGUGGCACUGCGAACUUUUGAGAGGAAAGACGAUGACUCCUUUGAGAGUGACAGCACGACUGCCUUGCUCAAUGCCAGGCCCCUGCAGGAGGUCUCUCCUCCCGGCUCCCUGGCUGGCUUCGAGCAACUAUUUCCCCGCUACACCAGUCUGCGCUUGGGCCAAGUCCGUGAGCAUCCGCCAUAUGCUGACUCCCACCUCCUGAAGGACUCUUUGGACAAGGAGCAGGCCCGGCGGAAGCACUGCGAACGGCACAUCCAUGCCUUGCAGAAUCGCAUCCUGGAGCUGCAGCAGCAGCUAGCUGUCGCCGUCUCGGCGGACAAGAAGAAAGACAGCAUGAUAGAGCAACUGGAUAAGACCCUGGCCAAAGUGGUGGAGGGCUGGAACCGGCACGAGGCUGAGCGAAUGGCGACGCUACGCAGGCUGCAGACGGAGAAGGAGGGGCUUGAGCAGGCGCUGGGGAAGCAGAAGGAGAAAAUCUCGGAGGUGGAAGAGCGCCUCAAACAAGCCUUCUCUGCCCUCAGCCAGGAGCAGCAAGCGGCCAGUCAGUUCUGCAAGGAGAAGGAGGCUCUGGAGGAGGAGAGGGCGAGGCUCUCUUGCGACUUGGAGGCGGAGCGUCGGCAGGUGCACAGCCUGGAGGCGGAGUGGAAUCUGGAGCGCCGGCAGCAGGAGACCCUGCGGGCCACGCUGGAGGAGCAGCAGAAGGCUUGGGCACAGCGUGAGAGGCAGCUGGAGCAGCAGCAGCAGGUCCUGCAGGAGGAGAGCCGCUCCCAGCUGGACAAGGAGAAGGCGGUGGCCCAGCGCGAAGCUCAGAAAGCGGCCGAUGCCCAGCGCGUCUUGGCCUCCGUGCAGUCGGAGGUUCAAGGGCUGGAGGCUGAGCUGGAGGCCAUGCGCCGAGAGAGAGACAACCUGAAGAUGGAGAUGAGUUUGGUCAAGGCACGCUAUGAGGCACAGAAGGUGAAGCUGGAGUCAGAGCUGAAGGUGGCCUUAGAGCAGCGGGUGACGGAGCGCAUGGCUGAAGUUCACGAGGAGAGCUUGCGCCAGAUGAGCAGCAUGAGGGAGCAGCACAGGAAGCAGCUGCUGGAGCUGAGCGGCCACCACGAGAAAGAGCUGGCCAGCCAGUUAGCCCAGUUCAAAGCCGACCUGGCGGAGAGGGAAGAGAGGCAGAGGCACCUCACGGAGGACUAUGAGUGCAGGAUCUCCAAGCAGCAAGACGAGAUUCGGGAACUGCAGGCCAAGUCUCGGCGGCUGGAGAUGCAGCGAGCGGAGAUGAUGAGCCAGUUCCAGGCUAUGAUGAAGGCGCACUGGAACGAGGCCUUGCGCCUCUUCACCAGUGGCAGCCCAGCCUCCCCACAGCCCAACACCAAAGCCCAGCAGCAGCAGCAGCAGCAGCAGCAGCAGCAGCAGCAGCAGGACACCCCCUCUGACCUGGAGCUUUUGCAGCCCUCCAAAUCUCUGACGAAGACCCAGAAGGCGGAAUCUCUUGGGAGCAGCCAAGGGGCAGGAGACUGCGAGGGGUCGGCAUGGGCGCAGGCGGUCCCCCUCCAGCCUGCCGCCCAGCGCAGCUCUUCACGGGGCCCGCCAGACGCCCCCGAGAAGUCCUUGCAGGAUGCUUACCGCCAUCUGCUCCCCUUGCUCCCAGACAUGGGGCGUCUCUCCUCGGAGUUCAGCCACGUUUUCAACUACAGCCUCCUCAGCCAGCCAGGUUUCCAGCAGCUGGAACCGCAGGUGGACAGCUCUGUAGCAGGUCUGCCUUUCCACCCUGAUAACCUGGCAGAGCACCCGUUCACAGAUGACACAGAUGAGACCAUGACUGAGGCAGCAGGCAACGAGGGAGAGACCCUCCAGCAGAGCAGCUUGGAGGGUGGAGCUCAAGUGCCUCAGCCCGACUUGAAUUACUACUUGCGUUUGAUUUUGGACCGCUCUGCAUAUGAAACUGCUGCGCAGAAGCAGGAAGGGGUCUCCACGGACAGCCCACCACCUGCCGCGAACCAGACGCAGUUUGGUACGUCGCUGUCCUACCACGAACGCUCCACAGCCCUGUGGGAUCCGGCCCAGCCGUCUGCCAGCACCAUUCACAUCCAGCAGCCCAGCAGUACUGCCGUCCACAAAACCAAAGUACCUUUGCUCAAAGCCCACGAGGGGGGGAUCCUGUCCCCAAAGCAGGUCGCUGAAGUUUCACGUCUGCUGAGGCACCACCAGGCCAAAGGCAGGACUGUGCCUUCUCCCGAGGACCUGUAUAAAUACUUGCGCGAUAUAGGCCAGAAUGGGACAGAUGCCAAAGGCGAUGCAAAUCUGCAGUCGCGCCGGAACCCCAACCCCAAGUUGAUUGACGCUAUGAGGAAAGAGAUGGCCUCUGCACGCCGCGUGGGUGCUUCGGGGUUUGGGCGCGAGAGACCCCAGGCCGCCGCCAAAGCUGGGAAGAAGCCCUCCAGCACGCCUGCCUUGAACCCUCGCACCAGCAGAGGCGGCGGCGUGUGGCGAUGAUAUUUAGUGCAACUGGACUAUUUAUUCCUUACCACACUGACCCCCCCUUCCCUUCCCUCACCUGCCUGUCCUGUCUGGGCCUCUGGUGGGGUGUCUGGGAGCUGCUCUUUGAUUUAAAGCCCCCGCCUUAAUCUCCAGCUUUACCCUCCAACCAUUUGCUCCAAUCUGGAGUCUAAAAUGUUGCCUUUUUAAAAAACGGAAUGCGCAUGUUGGAUUUUGUGGGUUUGCUUUUUU